AUGCCAUCGACGUUUCUUGCCUCGGAAGUCUCGUAUGCUUCGCGACUGCCUACCUUAAAGGUCCAAGUGCAAGUUAUUCCAGAUGAUGACGAUGAGAUUUCCGAUAUCAAGCCGCUGCACGAACUAGCGCGGCAAGGUGGGGACCGACUGACGCUACUGACCCCCUCCGAGGCUGCAAUUUUAGCUAAAGGCCAGCAAGGGGCGCCCUCCGCGUCCAUGGCCCAACCUGGCAAUGAUCUGACACCGCGUUUCUCGAAAGCAUCGACAUCUCCGUCCGACCAGGAUGACCAGGAUGACCAGGACGACCUACGCACACUCCAUACUCAUCGUCAUUUGCCCCAUACUCUGAUCCCCUUGGCACCCUUGGCCGACGAAAGGGAUCAAGGCCACCGAGCCUUCCCCGAAACGUCAAAGAUUGCGAGCCAGUAUGGAUCGACAUCACCGAGAAGACCCAAGAACAACGCCGGAAUCAAGAAAGAAGCCCCUGCCUGA